AUGCCGCCGCUGGCACGCCUCCUCGGUGAACCACCCUUUCCCUCAAGUUCCCACUCCGUCGAACCCCAAGUUACAAAGGUUCCGAUGAGAAGCGCGAUGGUUUUGGCGAAGUUGAUUCACGGUGGCAACGACGAAGAGGUUGAUAGGAUGGGGUUAAGAAGUGGCCAAUGGCUUUAA